CCUGCCUUUUCCCUCGCCGCUCGGAUGCGGCUUGCGUAUCCCCUCCGCGUGCCUGAGUCGUUGGAUGCCUCCCCGCAUCAUCAAGAAGGAGCCGCAGCUAUGUGCUGACAUCAGUUCGCUGUCCGAGUGCCUGCCAGUGCCGUCCCUGUCAGCACCGCAGAUCCGGCUGCGGCCUUGUCGGCCUCGAAAGCGCCUCGUCGAUUGCAUUGCCGAGUGGAGGGAGCGGCAGAAGGCUCUCGCAUUUGGUGUGUGUGACCCGAUGGAGACACUCUGGACGCUGGUCUUUCGGACACCGCUGCUGACCAAGAAUAGGUGGGUGGGCGUUGCGUACGGUGGGGCUGCAAACGGUUCAGAAUGAUGUGGGAGAGGGAGAUCUAUGCGGGGAAUGACAUUUCUGUGUGUGUGUAUGGCACUGUGUGUCUUGUUUGUGUCUGGGUGUACCAUGGUGUGUCAUUCAUUCAUGUGUCUGUCAGGCGGCCCGAGUUGAUAGAUCGGGAGUUGUCUGCCGAGUCGAUGUCUCGCAUGCCGCUCAAAAACACCACCAACUCCGUGCUCGUCUUCUCAUCAGAGGUAAGCAGCCCCACCUCCAGCCAUCCAUCCAUCCACCGACAAAUGUGUGCUGUGUGUCAUCCAUCCAUCCAUCCAUCCAUCCAUCGUCAGUCGAGUCUACCCAAGGAGGCCCCCCGCCGCAAGCGUCGCAUCAUCCCCAAGAAGGUGGCGGCCGCGGCCACCCUCCACCCCUCCAGCUCACCCGCCAGCCCGCCUUCGUGCAUGUCCAGCCCGCGCAACGCCAUUGGCAAUGGCAACGGGAACGGCAGCAGCAGCAGCCGUGGGGUUCUGCUCAACGGGCGGAGCGAGAGCGACGUGGAGUUCAGCGGCAGCAUGACGUCGUCGGGGGUGCUGGUGCUCUAUCGCAUGCACCACUCGUACACCGUCACGCCAGGUAUGUGCGUGCUUACUGCAGCAGACGGCAGACGGCAUAUAUUAUGUGUGUGUGUGUUGGUAUGCAUCGGUCGGCCGAUCGGUUGGUCAUGGUCAGGGAUGUACAUGCGGAGUUGUUUCCUGCGUCCCAAGUUCGAUCCCGUGGAGCGGCGCCACUUCGCCAUGGUCCUCUACCCUCUCAAGGCUGUCAAGAGGUACGUACACACAGCAUGCAGACACACACAUGGACAGGCAGACAGACAGACAGACAGAUAGACAGACAUACACACACGCAGAUAAGUGGAUCGGUGGAUGAGUUGAUGGAUGGAUGGAUGGUCUUGUGCUGUGUUGUAUUGUGUUGUGUGCGGCGUGUGUGUAGGUGUCUGCAGAUGUGCGCCUCUGAGGAUCAGGAGCAGACGUGUAUCAUCAGAUGCCUGGUAGGGCUGCCACGCCAGCACACAGAGAGGAGAAACCGUGAGGUCCUCAUCUCUUAUUCCCUAUCAGGUUGAUGCGACGGCUUCCGUCAAGUUCGUGGCGCAGCAGUGGGGAUGCCAAUGCCCGGUAAGGCCUCUUCUCGACACACAUCAUCAUAUGCACACAUGGAUUAUAUUACACGCCCUCCUCUGUCUGUCUGUCUGUCUGUCUGCAGGCUUACAGCAUAGCCGACAUCCAGUUCACCCACCUCCUCACCCUCACUCCCCUCCCCCACCCUGACAAGAUCUUCCCCGCUCUCACAGCCGCCACCACCACCACCGCCACCAGCAAGGCAUCGUCAGCAGCAGCAGCAGCAUCCCAUCCGCAGACGACGGACACAGGCACCACCACCACACCAGCCACCGACAGUAGUGCAGAGGGCCAACAGCCAGCAGCAUCAGACACGGCAGACGGCGAUAGUGACCCCGCCGUGUGCAAGAUUGUGUCCCGUUCGACCUACGAGAGCAUCCCGCCCGUGGCUGAGGAGUGCUCGCCCACACAGCCGCAUUGCGGCCCAGACAGAGAUCGAGACAGGACGCCAUCCGAUGAGCGGCGGCCGGCUGUCUCGACGUCGGCAGAGCUCAAGAGCCCCUCAACGUUGCCCGCAGAGGUUACCGGCCCCCUGCUGCAGGAGAUUGCGUCAUGGCGGGUCGAUGCUGCUGCUCGUGACCAUUCUGCGGGGGGUGGUGGUGGUGGUGGGUGCCGGGCGGGUGGUGGUGGUGGUCUUUGUGUGAGGGUGUCCGGACUCAUAGACCAAGACGACUGCCCGCCCCCGCCCAGCUGCCCGUCGGUGACAGUGUCGCCCGAUGCGGCCACCCCCUGCCCCACAGCCAAGACCAUCUCCCCCCUGCGGGACAUCUCCAACGAGGAGACAACGGCCGCCACUAAUGGCUAUGCAUAUACAUACGACGAGAAGCCCCGCAGCGACUCGACCCUCAGCAACAGCACCACACGCGUGCCUAGCGGGGUCAUCAGCGCCAGCGCCGGCCAUGUCAUGGAGGGCGCCAGGUGCCACUCUGACCCAUCCGCCGAGGCUUUGUCCCUCUCCCUCCCCCAGUCGACUGUGUGCAAGAGCGACACUCUGGUGACACGGAAGACGGUCUACAGCAGCAGAUACGCGGCGAGUGGUGGCGUCAUGAGCAAGCUGACGGCGAGCAGCGGCCGGCGGGAGAUCCGCAGUGGGGUCAUCUAGAUAGACCAGGACUGGGGGGAGUGGGUGCUUGUUGUGUUGCUAUGUGCAUUUUUCAAUCGGCGCGGAUCGAUGGAGAUCCUGUGAGUGCGUGCAUGAUUUUGAUGCCUGGAUGGAUGGAUGGAUGCGUGUAUGUGGCUCUAAUGCUUUUGCCCGCUGCCUUGCCCUCCUCACUCCUCACUCACUCACUCACUCACUGCCCAUAUCAAUGUAUGUGUCGCGUUGUGGCGACACAAGUGCAAGUGCAAGUGCAAGUGCGAGGGUGAGGGAAGUGUAUUGCAGCCAAGGCGGCCCUCUGCGUGCAGCAGUGCAUGUGUAUGUGUAUGUGGCUGAAUGUGUGCGCAUGGCGAAUGGGGACCGAAGGGGAGAGAGAGGGAGGGGUGCUCGAUCCAUCGAUCGAUCGUUAGAUCGACACGCGUGGUACGCACUCGGACAUUGAUUGGUUUGUGGUCAGUCGUCGUUCGUCGUGGGUAACAUGUUGGUCGUCUCGUGUGACAUCACACACACGCCUGCCUGUCUGUCUGUCUUUCUGCCUGCAAGUAUUUCUGUGUGUCUGUCAGUGUCGUGCUGUGGCAUCCACUUCCGGGGCUUUUUCACCGGGGAUGGCCACACACGAAAC